AUAGUAUGUACUGAUUUCCUCGAAAUAAUCAACAAACAUAAAUUCAAAAUAUGAAGAUUCAGUAGCGUAGCCAAUGAAUAAUGGAGAAUUUCGUUCGUAUGUUUAUGCUGCUGAAGGAAGUAGCAGUUGGUGUAAUUCGAGCAUUUCUUGAAGAUAACAUCAUUCCAGUUAGCUUCGAAAUAUUUCUACAACGACAUAUACACGACUUAUAUCAUCUAUGUUAUACCAGACGUUGCUGUUCUUGUGGAUUGUCUAAAACGUUUCCUACUAAAGCAGUGAUAAUAAAAGCUCAGUUAGACAUACUUUUUGUCCAACAGCCUGGUGUAAACUGUUCAUCAAAUUCACGUUUCUGCUGUUGUUCGUACAUUGCUACACCAAACAUUCAACUUGACACAAUUGACAUUACACUGUGUAUUGCUAUUAUCAAAAAUUUUAUAACUUUAAACCAACAACAAAAUGACUGUCUGACUGAGAUCAGAAAUGUAAGAAACGAAAUUUCGCAUCUCGCACACGAACAUGACAUUGAUAGUACCGAGUUUUAUAGAAUGUGGGGAAAAGUGACAAAUGCAUCUAUCCACCUGGCUGCAUAUACCAAUCAUACAUACUCUGCAGAUAUUCAAGAUAAAAUAGAACGUCUUCGGACCCGACCUAUUUUAGCUGUUGAAUAUACAGAAUCCCUGCGUGAAAUUGUGAAAUGGAUGAAAGAGAAUGAUGAGAAUCGUGUAGAAAUGGAGGAGAGAUUGAAAAGGAUUGAAACAAAAAUAGAUGAAAUAAACAUGACCUUCAAAUUUCAACAAACAAGUAAUAAACACGAAUGUGAAUUACCAUACACAACAGAAACUCAACCAAAAAUAGUUGAAGUUAAUGAGUCAGACAACGUUAUUGGUGAAGAUGAUGCAAAGUAUUUCAAGCUGAUUAGUGACGUACAUCAACUGCGACAGAGUGGUGAUAAAGAUACAAAUGAUGGUAUGAUCUACUCCGUCCUUGUAUAUAUUGUAUUACACGGAUCUGCCACAGAAGAAGAUGUUGAUUACGAGGUUCUAACAAACAUUUAUAAUAGCAUUUACAAAACUAUUAUUCCUUCUGAAACUGUUUCCAUAGAAUCGUGUCUAGCAGAAUUGGUACCAAAAUAUCUGGACCAGGUUGAUGAAAAGUUUACACCGUGCAGCAUAAAUAUUGUAAAGGCUGUUAUAUAUACUUUUGGAAAUGAAAGUUGUGAAUGCUUCGUCCAGAAUUGCAGUCUCGAUGUUAUGAUGGAUUAUGUGGUGCCGAGCGGUGCGAGUACGGAUGAUUUUCAUGUAGUAGUUGACAUAUGCGUACUUGCAUCUGCUCUUGUUCAGAGAAUGAAAAGCAAUUCCGAUGCAAAGUCUGUCGGGAAGUAUAUAUACAAAUCAUUUGUCGUUCAUGAAAAUGUGGAAAUUUCCAAUUUAUUCAUAGACACACUGGAACAAAGUAAUGAAGAUUUUACAUGAGACCAUAUGAUUUACCUUUUAGAUGGUCUAACAAGAGACGGUACACAAUUUUCAAUAUUCGAUAAACAAGAAAAGUUGUUUAAUUUAUUUUGUCGUCAAAUUGACAAAUUCGGAAACACUGUUUUCCAUUACCUAGUCACUCGAUUUUCGGAAUCAAAACAAUUUCACGCAUACAUCAAGUUUUUCUGUGAAAGUAAUAUUGUGGUCAUGCAGCUGGAAAACGAUGAUAACCACACUCCGAUAGACUUUGCAGCUUAUCAAGGGAGGUAUGACGUCAUUGCAGACGUCCUGAGUAAUACAGAGAGUACAGAGGAAAUAAUUGCUCGAAUUCUAAUCAUGGUGAAAGAAGGAGUUGAUUCACUCCAGCGUAUUAAUUUAUCAAAAUCAAAUGUUGAUUCUAAGUUGCAUAUUUCAACAAAGAAAUGUAUAACACUAGGUGACAGUCAAGAUUUUGAAAAUAUUCUUGAUAUAAUAGGAAGACAGGAAAAUGUCUGUUUAUCUGGCAGUGAUACCAAUGACGGAGAGGAAGGAAAAAACCCUAAUGACAAAGAGGAAGCAAAAACCCCGAAUGACGGAGAAGCAGAGAAAAAGUCUAACUGCUCAGAUGAUAUAUCAAAAACUGUUGGAGAUAAAAUUCUGCGUUUGUUUACCGACGUAAAGAAGGGCUUGAAAGCAAUAUCUGACAUUCCUAAUCUACUGACAACUAUUAACCAGGCGACACAAAUUAAAGACGUAGAUAAAGACUAAUGUUGUAAAAGUAAAAAAGAAAAACAUUGUAUGCUAAAAAUAAAAAUUACUCAUCGAUAUAGAAAACUAACAUUGGCUACGUACCACAAGCCAGUCCUCUUCAAAUUUUUUAUUCAUUCAAGACCGAAAAUGAAUUACUCUUUAUUAUUUCAAUUUCCAAAUAGUGAAUUUUCCUUGUUUGAACAGUAAUUUAGCAGCAAAGUGCUUUUAUAAUUUAGAAGAAAGUUCUGGAUACAGUGGGAGUACUGUUCCGGGAACCUAUAUAUUCUGACUAGAUUUUUAUCCAUUCAUUUCAGUGUAGGUAAUUACCUUGAACAAAAUUAGAUGAUGUAAGCCUUUACAGUCACUUCAUUAUGACCUUAAAAUUUUAGGUUAUUGAAUUCGAUUUUACUAUAAAAAGAUAAUUGUGAUUAAUGAGAAGAUAUUAAAAAAGUAACAAUCCACUAAAACAAACCACCCAACACUUAAAAAAAAUCUACUACAUUUCAAAUUCUUAACGGUCGGGGAAGGAUUUUAGUCAACAAAGCGAAACAAAAAUCAUAAAGAUCUAAAUAUUCACAUAUACGAUCUUUUAUAUUUUUAUCAAAAUGGCAAAUAUACCCUACAAACCAACCAGAUACUAAAUUGGGGG